GGUGAGGCGGCUCCGCCGGGGCCUGGCCGGGCUCGGCGCGGGUUGGGCACCGCGGGAAGAGGAAGAGGAGGAGGAGGAGGAGGAAGGCGGCGGCCCCCGGCAUGGCGGCGCUGGGCGGCCCCGGCUCGCGGCCGGACCCGGUGGAGACGCUGCAGGAGGAGGCGAUCUGCGCCAUCUGCCUCGACUACUUCGCCGACCCGGUGUCCAUCGGCUGCGGGCACAACUUCUGCCGCGGCUGCAUCUCCCGGCUCUGGGCCCGCGGCGGCGCCGAGCCCGGCCCGGGCGGCUCCGGCGGCGGCGCCGAGCUGGGCGAGGAGGAGGAGGAGGAGGAGGAGGAGGAAGACGAGGACGAGCUGGAGGAGGAGGACGAGCUGGACGUGGAGCAGGAGGAGGAGGAGGAGGAGGAGGAGGGCGGCGUGGGCGAGGAGGAGGACGACGACAUGUGGGAGGAGGAGGAGGAGGAGGAGGAGGAGGAAGGCGAGCUGUGGGGAGACCCCGCUGAGGACGAGGAGGAGGAGGAAGAGGAGGAGGAGGAAGAACCCGCGGUGUGGGCCGGGGGCGCCGCGCCGGGCGGGGGGCUUUACUUCGACGACGAGGACGUGAUGGAGGAAGACGUGGAGGAGGAGGAGGAGGAGGAUGAAGAUGAUGAGGAGGAAGAGGAGGAGGAGGAAGGGCGGCGGCGCGCCGUCUUCACGUGCCCGCAGUGCCGCAAGUCCUUCCUGCAGCGCUCCUUCCGCCCCAACCUGCAGCUGGCCAACAUGGUGCAGAUCAUCCGCCAGCUGCACCCGCGCCCCCAGCGCCCCCCGGGGACCCCCGCGACGCCCCCCGGCAGCGGCAGCGCCCCCGGGGGCCCCCCCGAGCUGUGCGAGAAGCACCAGGAGCCGCUGAAGCUCUUCUGCGAGGUGGACGAGGCGGCCAUCUGCGUGGUGUGCCGCGAGGCGCGCGGGCACAAGCAGCACAGCGUGGUGCCGCUGGACGAGGCGGUGCAGGACUGCAAGGUGCGGGACUGGGGGGGUUUGGGGGGAAAUUUGGGAAUAAUUUGA